UUUCUGCACAGGUGGUAGCUGGACCAGAAAGCCUUCCUAGAGACUCACUGCUCUGCCUCCCUUGGGUCGCUGAUGCGUGUGAUGCCGGGACGACAAGCCUGCACUCUUCUCAGAGGGCGAUGACUUGAGCAGCCCGCGUUUAUCUCCACAACAAUGUCCAUGAACAAUUCCAAACAGCCAGUGUCUCCUGCAGCUGGGCUCCUUUCAAAUACAACUUGCCAGACGGAAAACCGGCUUUCUGUCUUUUUUUCCAUAAUCUUCAUGACGGUGGGGAUCUUAUCCAACAGCCUUGCCAUUGCUAUCCUCAUGAAGGCCUAUCAGAGGUUUAGGCAGAAGUCCAAGGCAUCGUUUCUGCUCUUGGCUAGUGGCCUGGUGAUCACAGACUUCUUCGGCCACCUCGUCAACGGAACGAUAGCAGUGUUUGUUUAUGCUUCUGAUAAAGACUGGAUCCGCUUUGACCAAUCAAACAUCCUGUGCAGUAUUUUUGGUAUCUCCAUGGUGUUUUCUGGCCUGUGCCCACUUUUUCUGGGCAGUGUGAUGGCCAUUGAGCGAUGUAUCGGAGUCACCAAGCCAAUAUUUCAUUCCACAAAAAUUACAUCCAAGCACGUGAAAGUGAUGCUGAGUGGGGUGUGCUUGUUUGCUGUGUUCAUAGCUUUGCUGCCCAUCCUUGGGCAUCGAGACUAUCAAAUUCAAGCAUCGAGGACCUGGUGUUUCUACAAAACAGAACAUAUCCAAGACUGGGAAGAUAGGUUUUACCUUCUCCUUUUUUCUUUUCUGGGGCUCUUAGCCCUUGGGGUUUCAUUCUUGUGCAACGCCAUCACAGGAGUUACACUUUUAAGAGUGAAAUUUAAAAGUCAGCAGCACAGACAAGGCAGGUCUCAUCAUUUCGAAAUGGUCAUCCAGCUCCUGGCCAUCAUGUGCGUCUCCUGCAUCUGCUGGAGCCCGUUUCUGGUAAGAGCCAAAGCCGAACCUUUGGACAAGUUUUGCUCUCUUCUGUUUUUCCAUGUUCAAAACAAGAUCUGCUGCCUUUUGCAAAAUGAUUAG